UUCUCAAGAUCCCUUUCGAUCGAAUCCGCCGUAAUGGCGAGCAGGACGGCAUCCAGUAGCCACCUGGGCGAGAAAUCCAAUGCGCGCAGACCAGGGAAAUCCCCCUCGCGAUCACCGGCCCCGAAUGGAAGGAAACAGCAGAAGAAGACACAAGAAUUGGGCUACACUUCCGAGGGCGUGGUCGAUCAUGACAUCUUCGGACUGCCAGGUUCUGACUGGCAGAUGCUGAUAUUCCUUGUCGUCCUCGCAGUAGUCGUGCGCCUCUUCCGGCUACAGCAACCCUCCAGCGUUGUAUUUGACGAGGUCCAUUUCGGUGGAUUUGCCUCCAAGUACAUCAAAGGGAAGUUCUUCAUGGAUGUUCACCCACCCCUCGCGAAGCUUCUCAUCACCUUAGCCGGCUGGCUGGCUGGCUUCGAUGGCGAAUUCGAUUUCAAGGACAUUGGCAAGGACUACCUGGAACCUGGUGUCCCAUACGUUGCGAUGCGGUUGUUGCCCGCAAUCUGCGGUGUCCUGACCAUACCCACCAUGUUCUUGACUUUGAAGGCGGCCGGUUGCCGUACCACGACCGCUGCGUUGGGAGCGUGUCUUGUCAUUUUUGACAACGCGCUUGUAACCCAAUCCCGUCUCAUCCUACUCGAUUCGCCUCUCGUCCUCUUCACCGCGUUCACGGCUUUGGCCUGGACUAGUUUCACAAACCAGCACGAACAAGGCCCUGCAAAAGCAUUUCAGCCAUCAUGGUGGUUCUGGCUUGCUGCUUCAGGUGUCGGUCUGGGUGCCACUUUCAGUGUCAAGUGGGUCGGAUUGUUCACAAUUGCUUGGGUGGGCAGUUUAACUCUCGUCCAGCUCUGGGUCCUCCUUGGAGAUACCCGGACUGUCACUCCGCGCCUCUGGUUCAAACAUUUCUUCGCCCGUCUCUUCUGCCUCGUCGUAAUUCCAUUGACUUUUUACAUGGGCAUGUUCGCGAUUCACUUCCUAUGCCUUGUCAACCCUGGCGAAGGCGAUGGUUUCAUGUCUUCUGAAUUCCAAGCGACCCUAAACUCUAAAGGAAUGCAAGCCGUCCCUGCCGAUGUCGCUUUUGGCAGCCGCGUCUCCCUUCGUCACUGGAACACACAGGGUGGCUACCUACACUCUCACGCACAUAUGUAUCCAACUGGUAGCAAACAGCAACAGAUCACUCUGUACCCGCACAAGGACGAGAACAAUAUUUUUAUUCUGGAGAAUCAGACCCUUCCAGAGGUUCUCGAUGGACCCAAGCCUGAAGGACCGAAAGCUUGGGAUACCCUUGGUCCGAUCAACGUAAUGGAUGGCGACGUGAUCAAGCUAUAUCAUAUCACGACUGACCGACGUCUCCACUCCCAUGAUCAACGGCCUCCUGUCACGGAAGCCGACUGGCAAAAUGAGGUUACUGCCUAUGGUUAUGAAGGCUUCGAAGGCGAUGCAAACGACUACUUCAAAGUCGAGAUUGUGAAGAGCAUGUCCGAUGGUGCCGAAGCCAAGAAACGCGUCAGGACCAUUCAGACUAAGUUCAGGCUCGUACAUUUGAUGACAGGUUGUGUACUGUUCUCGCACAAAGUCAAACUGCCAGACUGGGGCUUCGAGCAACAAGAGGUCACUUGCGCCAAGGGCGGCACUCUGCCCAACAGUGUCUGGUAUAUCGAAGGCAACGUUCACCCACUGAUGGAUACGGAAACAGUCGAAAAAGUCAACUACCGCAACCCGGGCUUCUUUGGAAAGUUCUGGGAGCUUCAGAAAGUCAUGUGGACAACAAACGCCGGCCUCGUAGAGUCCCACGCUUGGGACUCCCGCCCACCGUCCUGGCCUAUUUUGAGGCGUGGAAUUAACUUCUGGGGGAACAACAACCGACAAAUUUACCUUAUUGGUAACCCCGUCAUCUGGUGGACAUCCACGGCAAUCAUUGCUGUCUACGUCCUCAUCAAGGGCCUCGCGGUCCUGCGCUGGCAACGUGGAUUCCGCGACUACUCCAACGUUACUUUCAAGCGCUUUGAUUACGAGAUUGGUAUGUCGCUUCUGGGAUGGGCUUUCCAUUAUUUUCCAUUCUACCUUAUGGCACGCCAGCUUUUCUUGCAUCACUACCUGCCUGCUCUUUAUUUUGCCAUCUUGGCCCUUUGCCAGAUGUACGACUUUGUUGCGUACAGGUUCACUGCACUUCGUCUUAAGCAGAACCCGAUCAUCGGACAAGCUGCUGCAGUCGGUUUCCUAGCUGUCGCCAUUACAGUCUUUACCAUCUAUGCCCCAUUAGCGUACGGGAACGCGUGGACUCGAGAUCAAUGCAACAGCGUCAAAGUUUUCAACACUUGGGAUUGGGACUGCAACAACUUCCUCACAUCGUACGACCAAUAUAGUGGCGAGGCAGUUCCAACUACGCCAGCCGUCUCGAUACCUGAGUCGGCAGCAGCUGAAGUUCCUGAACCUGCGCAGGAGCAGUCUGAGCCGGCAGAGGAGGGUGAAGAGCCUGAAGAAAUCAUAUCUGAGCAACCUGCUGUUUCGUCGGCACCAGCAAACAUCCCAGAGGAUCUACCCGUAGUGUCCAAGGAAGAGCGCGUCGAAUUCCGUGAUGAGAACGGUCGCGUUCUUGAUCCCGAAGAGGUAGAAGCACUUCAAGGACAAGUCAGCUUCAAAACUCGAUACGAGACACGCACUCGUAUUGUAGAUGGCGAGGGUAAUGAAAUAAUGGAAUCUCUCGUGGACGCACACGAAGUGGACGGAAAUGGUGUCGCACCUCCACACCCAGACGUUGAAGGCCGAAACCCUGAAACCAAGGGCCAGAGUGACGCGGAAGCAAGCGACUCACCGCCCACUGUUGAUGCAAAGGAGGACAAGGUGAAAGAACAGAGCGUUGAGAAAGAGGCUUCGAAACCAAAGCCCGCGAGCGAGGCCAAGGCAGCGACCAAGGAAUCCGACGAUUAA